CGGGCACAGAUCAGGAACAGGGAGCUGGGCGACGAGGUCGCCGCCGCCGCCUCAGCACUGGAGACACACCGCUGGCCCAAGGGCAUCAUUCCCUACACCAUCGACUGCAGUCUGCAGGCCCUGCCCGACGCGCUGGUCGCUAUCCGGGCUGCCAUAAGAGAGUGGGAGGCCAAGACGUGUUUGCGGUUCGUCCAGAGGACCUCGGAAGUAGACUACGUCGAGUUCUACAGAGGACGAUAUUGUCAAGCCCAGGUUGGCCGUAUCGGCGGUAAGCAGUAUGUGUCGGUCGGGUACGGCUGUGAGUACACACACGUGAACGUGCACGAGAUCGGACACGCCAUCGGCUUCUGGCACGAGCAGUCCCGACCGGACAGGGACGACUACAUCGAGGUCCUGUGGGCUAACGUCGAUCCUGCCCUGAGGGAGCAGUUUGAGAAGUACGACAAGGAAGACGUGAACGAUUUCGGCGAGGAGUACGACUACGCCUCCAUCAUGCACUACCCCUUCAACGCCUUCUCUUCCAACGGCCGGAACACCAUCCGAGCGCUCCGACCGGUGGAGAACCAGCCCUACAUAGAACUCAGCGAGUCUGACGCCAGACAGGUCCAGCUCAUGUACGACUACUGUAACGACCGCGAUGAUGAUGAUCUGCCCGAGCCUGAGAACAGAGCCUGUGACGACCUGCACGCCCAAUGUCCCACCUGGGCGGAAGCUGGAGAGUGCGAGAACAACAAGAACUGGAUGCUGUACAACUGCAAGACUAGCUGCGAGACAUGCGACGGCCCCUGCCUGGACACCAACGUGAAGUGCCCUCAGUGGGCGCUAGAGGGCGAGUGUGAGGAGAACGCGGAGUGGAUGUUGCUGAACUGUAGACUCAGCUGCGAGAGCUGCAACUACGACAACGUUCUCGCUGAAUUAUCUGCCCUGACCAUGCCAGUGGAGGCCAUGCCGCCGCCCGCGGAUGGAGAAAUGACCGGGGAAGAACUGGCUGGCCUGCGCAAGGGACCGCUCGGCAACAAUAAGAAGUGGCUCCGGUCCUACCGUGUGGUGAACAACGCCUGCAUCCGGGGCCAUAACCAGCUGGGAACCCACCGCGACACCACCCUCAGGCACUGCGUCAAGCGCUGUGACGAUGACGACAGAUGUAAGUCGUUUGACCACGUGCCCAGCGAGCGCCACUGUUCCCUGUCCUUUGACACACGUGACACUGCGCCUGACGCCUUCAAGGCCUGCGACCCCGCCUGGAAGAGAAUCACUACCUACUACGAGAAGAAACCAACAGAGCCAGAACAGGAAUCGUCAGAAGAGGAGGACGAAGAUACCUUUGCAUCCGUUAUGGACGGGUUCUAUGUCAUCACGAACACCUGUCUUAAAGGCCGGUCCCAACUGGCCAUGGGGAAUUUCUAUGAAGUGAGCGUCGAGCAGUGCGCUGAGAAAUGUGCGGAAGCAGAAAGAUGCCGCUCCUUCAACUACGUGGCGACCUACCGUUCGUGCCACCUGUCCAUGGAUACCCGCGCUACGGCUGUGGACGAGUGUCUGGAAGAGUACAGCGUCAUCUCCGACUUCUACGAGAAGAAACCUGAAGUUGAGUUCCUGUUGAUCGAGGAAGCAUGUAUCCUGGGUAAGAAUCAGCUGGGUUCGUUUUACGGCCAAACCGUAGAGGAAUGUCAACUGCGGUGCGGACAGAACGAAAGGUGUCUCUCCUUUGACUACGUGAGCUCGUACCGUUCCUGUCACCUGUCUACGGACAACAGGCACACUGCCCGGGCGGCGUUCGAGAGCUGUCCGGCGUGGUUCAGCCCGCAGUCAGAUUACUACGAGCGCAUUGUGGACGGAACUGACCCAGUCAUCACUGAAGCCCCCCUCCCACCGACUACUACAGUUCCUCAAACAACGACGACGACCACGACAGAAGCACCGACAACAACGACCACCACUCGGCGCCCUACCGAGGCCCCCACCACUGGUCCUCCCGGCACCAAGCCUCCACCCAGGCCCACACUGGCACCAGGUUCCUGCUCAACUCCGCUCGGCCUUGGAAAGGAGAGCGGCUACUCCCUGCCUGACGAACAGCUCUCCGCCUCCUCCAGUCUGGACUACGGCACCUGGGACGUAGGAGCGAAGAACGCCAGACUUAACUUCGAGGACGACUAUCAGAGGCAACGCGUGGGUGCGUGGUGCGCGGCCAGCUCAGACGCCGGGGAGUACCUGCAGAUAGACUUGGGCCGUACCAAACUGAUCACAGGGGUGGCCACACAGGGACGAGACAAGUACUUCGAACACGUCAAGUCGUACACACUGACCUACAGCCAGGACGGGAGGAUAUGGAGAGAGUACAAGGAAGGUGGAAGGACAAAGGUGUUUGAAGGGAACUGCGAUCACGUGACACCGGUAACCAAUCAGCUGCCCUCGCCCAUAACGGCCCAGUACCUGCGCAUCGUUGUGGUGGACAGCAACUUCCCGUGCAUGCGCGCUGAGCUGUACGGCUGUGACACCGCAGAUGGUGAGACGCCUUCAGAUGGCGACAACCCCGGAGACGGUGACAACCCUGGGGACGGGAACGACCCUGGGGACGGUGAGAACCCUGGAGAUGGGGGCGAUGACUACUAUGACUACUAUGAUGACACUGAUCCGGUCAUUCCUUAAGAUGCAGUACCUUUACGUUAAGAUUCUCAAAACAUAGUCGUCCAGAUACGUUAAAAAUUCUAGUAUUUGAAAGCUAGCUAUCGGAACUCAGGUCAGAAGAAUGAGCCCCCCCCCCCCUUAUGUCUGAAUGGAACAGACCCUUUUCCCACUCAGAGCUUUAUAACCAAUGGUCGGUGUAAGUUAUAGUGUAUUGGGAACAAGACGAUAUCAUCAGUUGGAAUUGUAUGAUGAUAUGCAGUAGGGAAAUCAAACAACACAUGGAUGAUUUGUAAUGAACCAAUUGUAGGGCAUUUAUGCCAUGAUAAAUGAAUGAUAUCUCUAUACAGAAAUGGUCUAUACAGAAAUUAUUUGAGACAUCUGGAAUAAAUAUAUGAUUUAUACAAAAAUUAAGUCAUGAUAACAUUUUUAAUAAUUAAGAACAUGGCUUUUAUGUGUUAUAUUUACAGGAAAUCGUUUGAUCUUUUUGUGAUGAAUUUAGUCGAUUAUGCUGUAUUUGUUUAUAUUUCAAGACGCGUAUAUGUCGGUGAUGACAUGUGUGACAAUUUCUUCAUUGUUUACAGAUAGAUGACAUAAAAUUAUCUCUUAAACCUUAUGUAGCCUACUUUAUUUCAUUACGAUGCGACAGAGGGAGGUAUAUUGAAAAAUAGGUAAAUCGUAGCUUAAAUAUUUGAAAAUGAAGAUGUGUCAAUCUCAGUACAAUAAGCCCUUUGGGCAUUUUUCAAUAACGCAAAUAAAUGAAUUUUGUCACGU